AUGCCAGAACUGGGACCGCCACGCCGGCGUCAACCACAACGCGCUGUUCGGGUCAGACGCCCAACAUCCGCCGAAAUUUUACGAAGCCCUGUCUUAAUCCAAUCGCCGGUGGCAGGGGUGCGAAAAGGAAAGAGAGGUGGUAAAUACGGCAGAUCUCCAGUUAAGAGAAUAACAGAAGACCUUGACAAAAAGAUCUCGGCGAUAGGUGCAGAAAUUGCACUGGCGGAACAGCAUGGACUUCUAGGUGGCACAGUUGAAUCAGAUCAUACCUCCCCGAGAGUCACCCCUCGCUCGCCACUAGAGCCUAAUAAUAAUAAACGUAAGAGAAAAAGGAACAAGAAAUCGGCAGAGAAGUUUAUGGAUGGUUUCCUAUCGGAACCGGAAGAGGGAACGGAUGAUUCAUACGGGAAAAGAGACGGGGACCGAGUUCGAAGAGAGGAUCGAUGGAUCCCUAAGAUGGAGCACCGGGGCCGUCGCCCUGCCGAGAAGCCCAAGAAUGUGCCGUAUCACGUGUGGAUGUCAUAUUGUUUUUUAGAUGAUUAUAUAUACAGAUAUUCCAUGACCGCCGAGGAGGCUUUAACACUUCCUCUUAUGGACGAUGUAUUCUCGUUUCAGAGUGGCGGCUCGCAGCCGGUUACACCAGCUGGUUUCCGAUGGAACGAUGAUAAGGAGCUACAGCCGGCUUAG